CACAAGCGCAGAGUCUCUGCUUUGUGAAGAUAAACAGAUUCAUUGAAUACUUCAAUUGGUAACGUUAAAUUGAUUAAUCGUUAUUUCUUUCUCCAAAGGCCAAAGAAAUAAGAAUGAGCUCGUCGCCGUUAUCGUCAACUCUGUUUUAUCCACUUUCGACCUUGUCACUUCAAGGACAUGGUCGGAUGCAGAACCUCUGCAUCAGUCGGAAGCAACAGCCACUCAUUGUCCGAGCCGCGAAACUCCCUGACGGGGUGAUAUUUCCAAAAGUACAACCAAAAUCUCAACCUGCGUUUCUUGGUUUCACACAAACAGCUGAGAUUUGGAACUCCAGAGCUUGCAUGAUGGGUCUCAUCGGUACUUUCAUCGUCGAACUGGUGAGAUUCUGAACAAGGGAAUACUCGAGCUGAUCGGUGUAGAGAUUGGAAAAGGACUUGAUCUUCCUCUGUAAUGUAAUCUACUAAGUGUAAUUACACAUCAAAAACGUCAACAUUUGUUUAUGAAAGUGUGAAUGUUUUGAGAUUCUCUUCACAACAACUACUUCUAUAAAAGUUCUAGAGUA